UUGAAAGAAAACAUUUGGCAGCUGGUUGGUUGACACAGGAAUGACACAGGAAUUGUUCACACCACCCUCUGUUUGGUUUCAGAAGUUGACGAUUUCUUUGGAAAGACAUGGCCACUUCUGUGGUCUGUACGUACACUGUCAAUUAUGUGACAGGCCGGCUUCUACGCACACAAUGCUUUUAUUUCCAGUGAAGCACCACAGGGCAGGCCGUACCUUUUGAAGGCAUUUUAGGAGACUCACAUUUAAGUUAAAACCAACUCCAUAUGCUGUUGCCAAUGCAAAUAAUUCCAGUGAGGUGACAAUCAGAUGAACAGCUAAGUUCACACAUGCUGAGGCAGGAUCACUACGGAGAUGUCAUAACUUUCUCCUCUGCCUGUCAGCUGGCAAGCACCUUCAUUGAGGAAACAGCACAUAUAUUAACAUGAGCUGUAUCCAUUUAUAUAUGACAUACUUGAUAUUCUGAAGCAUUCAUUGUAUAUACAUUCAGAGCCCGAUUAGAUAAUCAGAGCAUUGUUCAAACGGUGGGACACUCAGGCCAUGAUGAUGGACUCAUUUUAGAAUCCCCUAUUUCCAUACGCCUUGAUCAAGUAAUUAGGAACUUUUAAGUGAAUUAUAUUGAAAAUUGCCCAGUACAUUCUGCUCUUGUUUUCUUAGAACAGGCCAAGAUUCAUCAUGUUAAAUUAAGCAUCAAGAAAGAGGAAUAACAAUGGUCUUUCCAGAGAAUGGAAUGGAGCAACCUGAACUGGGUUUUGAUGUCUUCAGGGCAGGAAUAGGGAUUUCUUGUUGAGUGUCUUCACAGAACAUUUCUGAAAAUGGCCACUUGCAAUGUCUGAUGCUUCUUCAAUGGAGAGGGGCUGUGGUCAUGUCUUUAAAAAAAAGUUAUUAUACUGAAUUAUUACUUAUGACAUUUUUUUAUCCAUGCAGCCUUGCAAUUAAAAAAAAAAGAAAAACAAUGAUGGAACUCAUAUUAACAAGUCCAUUAUGUCAUAAUUUUAGAAAAAUGUCCAGAGAUAGAUGUUAUGAUGCAACCUUACUCAUAAGCUAAAGAACCAAGAUGACAGUUAAUUGAUGUUGAGAGAUAAUUUCUCUUCCCUUCAGCAAUUAAAAUACAGAGUUGAGCAUGAGUCUGCAGAGAAUCCUAAGUCUUAACAGUAAAAUUUAGUGUCUGAGGCAUUUUUCAUAAGCUUUUCAGUGUUUUCCUUCCUCCUCGUCUUAGGAUUUUCUUUUCAUUGCCCCCCAAAUCGAUCCCUCAUUAGCAAUGGCCCAUGUGUUAUCGGUUUUAGUAUUUACAACUGUAUCUGUAAAAAGGGCUUGGGGUUAUUCAUUUCUCUAAGCAUUUUAAAAAUGAGACUUGAAAGAAUAGUUGAACUACAUUUGAUAUUAUUUUAAAAUAAUUUUGGCAUUCCUCCGCCAGAGCCUGUGCUCGUACAGCUCUUUGAUUUAUGAUGAUCUCACGUCCUUUCAGAGACAACAUUAUUAUGUCACUGAACCGGAAGUGCUGAGGUCACAAGUACCCGUGAAGUAAUUAUGGGCCUGGAAGACCAUGCUCCGUUCAAAGGCAAGCAAGCAGGGCUGAGCGAGAGGCUGAGGGACUCAGGGCAGAGGGGAAAGGAGAGAAGAAAGGAGCAAAGCAAAUCCUAAUAUGUGCUCAGGGGCGUGAGCAGACAUUUUACCCUCAGCAUUUUCAUACUAUGCUUUGGGAAAUGAAAAAAAAAAAAAAUAAUGAAGAAAAAAAAAAAAGCCAGUGAGCCUUUAAAACUUCGCUGUCUGGCGUUACUGAGAGAGGCUUUGGGAAACAGAGGGGUUACAUAAAUGAGAGCAGGUGCGGUCGUGCAGAGGUAACCAUUCAGCAUAUAGCUGACAAUUUACUGGCUCAUCAAUGAAACAAUAUUAAAUUAUGAAGAUGUAAGGAAAAAAUCCUACGCUAACAUUGUUGCAGUUUGAAAGGCUUCUCUGCAGAAUGUCAAACAAAGAUCGACACAUUGACUCCAGCUGUUCGUCCUUCAUCAAGACGGAACCCUCCAGCCCGGCCUCCCUGACGGACAGCGUCAACCACCACAGCCCAGGUGGCUCUUCCGACGCCAGCGGGAGCUACAGUUCAACCAUGAAUGGCCAUCAGAACGGACUUGACUCGCCACCUCUCUACCCUUCUGCUCCUAUCCUAGGAGGGAGUGGGCCUGUCAGGAAACUGUAUGAUGACUGCUCCAGCACCAUUGUGGAAGAUCCCCAGACCAAGUGUGAAUACAUGCUCAACUCGAUGCCCAAGAGACUGUGUUUAGUGUGUGGCGACAUCGCGUCCGGGUACCACUAUGGGGUAGCAUCGUGCGAAGCCUGCAAGGCGUUCUUCAAGAGGACGAUUCAAGGUAAUAUAGAAUACAGCUGCCCUGCCACGAAUGAAUGUGAAAUCACCAAGCGCAGACGUAAAUCCUGCCAGGCUUGCCGCUUCAUGAAGUGUUUGAAAGUGGGCAUGCUGAAGGAAGGGGUGCGUCUUGACAGAGUACGUGGAGGUCGGCAGAAGUACAAGCGCAGAAUAGAUGCGGAGAACAGCCCCUACCUGAACCCUCAGCUGGUUCAGCCAGCCAAAAAGCCAUAUAACAAGAUUGUCUCACAUUUGUUGGUGGCGGAACCGGAGAAGAUCUACGCCAUGCCUGACCCUACUGUCCCUGACAGUGACAUCAAAGCUCUCACCACCCUGUGCGACUUGGCCGACCGGGAGUUGGUGGUUAUCAUUGGAUGGGCGAAGCACAUUCCAGGCUUCUCCACGCUGUCCCUGGCGGACCAGAUGAGCCUUCUGCAGAGUGCUUGGAUGGAAAUUUUGAUCCUUGGUGUCGUAUACCGAUCUCUCUCAUUUGAGGAUGAACUUGUCUAUGCAGAUGAUUAUAUAAUGGAUGAAGACCAGUCCAAGUUAGCAGGCCUUCUUGACCUCAAUAAUGCUAUCCUGCAGCUGGUAAAGAAAUACAAGAGCAUGAAGCUGGAGAAAGAAGAAUUUGUCACCCUCAAAGCCAUAGCUCUUGCUAAUUCAGACUCCAUGCACAUAGAAGAUGGGGAGGCCGUCCAGAAACUUCAGGACGUCUUACACGAGGCGCUGCAGGAUUACGAGGCCGGCCAGCACAUGGAAGACCCGCGCCGGGCGGGCAAGAUGCUGAUGACGCUGCCGCUGCUGAGGCAGACCUCCACCAAGGCCGUGCAGCACUUCUACAACAUCAAACUGGAAGGCAAAGUCCCCAUGCACAAACUUUUUUUGGAAAUGCUAGAGGCCAAGGUCUGACUAAAAGCUCCCUGGGCCUUCCUGUCCUGCACGCCGAAAAAGGGAAAAUCAACCCCAGAGUGAUGUCGAAGAAACAUAGAGUUUAGUUACCAACAUCCAAAAUCAACGGACUGCACUGAUCAUGUAGCAGCAAGACUAUGAAGCAGCUUGCAGAUUCCUCCACAUCUUCCUGAUGAGUUUCUCACCUUCCUUUUCCCUUCCUUCCUUCCUAAUUUUUUUUUUUUUUAAUGUCCCUUAUUUGUCGUCUCCAUACUUUCUCAGCUUCCUUCAUUCCCGGUUCCCUUUCUCCUUCAUUUCCUUCCUUCCUUCUGUCUUGGCCCCUCCUCCUCGUCAUCUCCUUCUCUUUUCCCCGUCCUGCCCUUCUCUCCUAAAUUGAGAACAUCUGUCGUUGUAAGGAACUUGACCUUCUCCCUUCCUCCCCCUCUCCCUCCCUUCCUUCUGCUGCUGAACUUUUACAAGAGGUCUCUAACUGAAGAGAGAUAAAAGCCAGCCCUGCCAAAGGAUGGAGAUCCAUAAUAUGGAUACCAGUGAGCUUGUUGUGAACCAUAACGUCCCCAAUGACUAAGGAAUCAAAGAGAGAGAACCAUCGUACCUAAAAGUACAGUGCAACACAGACACAUUGACUGAGUGCAGUAUUAGGUUUCACGGGAGCAGCCUCUAAUUAGACAACUUAAGCAACGUGGCAUCGGCUGCUGCUUAUCAUUGCUUUUCCAUCUAGAUCAGUUACAGCCAUUUGAUUCCUUAAUUGUUUUUUCAAGUCUUCCAGGUAUUUGUUAGUUUAGCUACUAUGUAACUUUUUCAGGGAAUAGUUUAAGCUUUAUUCAUUCAUGCAAUACUAAAGAGAAAUAAGAAUACUGCAAUUUUGUGCUGGCUUUGAACAAUUAUGAACAAUAAUGAAGGACAAAUGAAUCCUGAAGGAAGAUUUUUAAAAAUGUUUUGUUUCUUCUUACAAAUGGAGAUUUUUUUGUACCAGCUUUACCACUUUUCAGCCAUUUAUUAAUAUGGGAAUUUAACUUACUCAAGCAAUAGUUGAAGGGAAGGUGCAUAUUAUCACGGAUGCAAUUUAUGUUGUGUGCCAGUCUGGUCCCAAGCAUCAGUUUCUUACACGAGCUCCAGUUUCCUUAAAUGUUCACUGACACAAAGGAUUAGAUUACACCUGCCGUGACUCCGGUGGUCACGUGUAGAAAGCACCGCACACGGAGUACAGAUCCGUAGAAUGAUCAGGAGUGCUCCUCUCUACCUGGGAGGUCCAGUUGCCAUAGGAUUUCUAGCUGCCGUGGUGGUUAGGAACGAGAUACUGCCUGUUUGCAGAGUUACAGACCUUGUCUCGGAAGGAGCUGUGAGCCAGUAUUCAUUUAAGAGGCAAUAAGGCAAAUGCCAGAAUUUGGGGGAAAAAAAAACAAAAAACAAAAAACAAAACCCAAAACCAUCAAAGACAGCAGACGCCUGACCAAAUUUUAAAAUGUAAUCUUUAUGAGUUGAUUCAUUUAGGACUGUUUGUUUAAAUUAAUCUGCAGUUUUUACCAAGAGCUAAGCCAAUAUGUGUGCUUUUUCAACCAGUAUUGUCACAGCAAGAAAGUCAGUCAGGUUCCAGACUGUUAAGAGGUGUAAUCUAAUGAAGAAAUCAAUUAGAUGCCCCCGAAAUCUACAGUCGCUGAAUAACCAAUAAACAGUAACCUCCAUCAAAUGCUAUACCAAUGGACCAGUGUUAGUAGCUGCUCCCUGUACUAUGUGAACAGUCUUAUUCUAUGUACACAGAUGUAAUUAAAAUUGUAAUCCUAACAAACAAAAGAGAUGUAGUUCAGCUUUUCAAUGUUUCAUGUUUGCUGUGCUUUUCUGAAUUUUAUGUUGCAUUCAAAGACUGUUGUCUUGUUCUUCUUGUGGUGUUUGGAUUCUUGUGGUGUGUGCUUUUAGACACAGGGUAGAAUUAGAGACAAUAUUGGAUGUACAAUUCCUCAGGAGACUACAGUAGUAUAUUCUAUUCCUUACCAGUAAUAAGGUUCUUCCUAAUAAUAAUUAAGAGAUUGAAACUCCAAACAAGUACUCAUUAUGAACAGAAACACAUCAAAAUCAUAAUAAUAUUUUCAAAACAAGGAAUAAUUUCUCUAAUGGUUUAUUAUAGAAUACCAAUGUAUAGCUUAGAAAUAAAACUUUGAAUAUUUCAAGAAUAUAGAUAAGUCUAAUUUUUAAAUGCUGUAUAUAUGGCUUUCACUCAAUCAUCUCUCAGAUGUUGUUAUUAACUAGCUCUGUGUUGUUGCAAAACUUUUUGGUGCGGACACGUUUCCAAAACUAUUGCUACUUUGUGUGCUUUAAACAAAAUACCUUGGGUUGAUGUUUCAUCAGCCUCGUGCUAGGAAUACUGUGUAUCUAUCAUUAGCUAUAUGGGACUAUAUCGUAGAUUGUGGUUUCUCAGUAGAGAAGUGGCUGUAGUGUGAUUCUAGAUAAAUCAUCAUUAGCAAUUCAUUCAGAUGGUCAAUAACUUGAAAUUUAUAGCUGUGAUAGGAGUUCAGAAAUUGGCACAUCCCUUAAAAAAAAAUAACAACAGAAAAUACAACUCCUGGGAACAAAAGGUGCUGAUUCUAUAAGAUUAUUUAUAUAUGUAAGUAUUUAAAAAGAUUAUUUUCCAGAAAGUUUGCGCAAGGUUUAAGUUGCUACUAUUCAACCACACUAUAUAUAAGUAAAAAUAUAUAACAAUAUAUCCGUUGUUUUCACUGUAUCACAUUAAAGUACUUGGGCUUCAGAACUCAGAGCCAACCAACUGAAAACACGAGAUGGAGAUGUGAGAAAAAAAUCUAGUACAAAUUUUAGUUUUCAGUUUAAGUGACUCUCGGCGUUACCGAGUACACGAAUCUCACACAUAGGAAACACGACUUAAAACGUAGAUCUAAAAGAACUGCACGGGCUUUAGGGCAAAAUGCUCAUCUUAAACCUCGCUCGAGGUAAGUUUUUUCAAGUUUCAAGCAAGACCAUUUACUUAAUGUGAAGUUUUGGAAAGUUAUAAAAGUGUAUGUUUUUGCCAUAUGAUUUAAAUUUUUAUUUUGCUUCUUUUAGAUUUGUUCUUAUUUAAAGCAAUAGGAUUGUGUGACUACCUGUAGUUACACUUGUGUUUCAAUCAGAUCAGAUUGUUGUAUUUAUUCCACUAUUUUGCAUUUAAAUGAUAACAUAAAAGAUAUGAAAUAUUUAAAACUGCUAUUUUUCUUAUAGAAGAGAAAAUGGGUGUUGGUGAUUGUAUUUUAAUUAUUUAAGCGUCUCUGUUUACCUGCCUAGGAAAACAUUUUAUGGCAGUCUUAUGUGCAAAGAUCGUAAAAGGACAAAAAAUUUAAACUGCUUAUCAUAAUCCAGGAGUUGCAUUAUAGCCAGUAGUAAAAAGAAUAAUAAUAAUAAUAAAACCAUGUCUAUAGCUGUAGAUGGGCUUCACAUCUGUAAAGCAAUCAAUUGUAUAUUUUUGUGAUGUGUACCAUACUGUGUGCUCCAGCAAAUGUCCAUUUGUGUAAAUGUAUUUAUUUUAUAUUGUAUAUAUUGUUAAAUGCAAAAAGGAGAUAUGAUUCUGUAACUCCAAUCAGUUCAGAUGUGUAACUCAAAUUAUUAUGCCUUUCAGGAUGAUGGUAGAGCAAUAUUAAACAAGCUUCCACUUUUGA